AAGCGUGACGCGAAAAUUAUAGUCGGAUGUCGGAUCUAAUCGUCCAAUUCGCAAAAUUCGGAUAUAAUCGUUCGCAAGAUCGCUGUCGGUUGUGGUGGUGGUUAGAUACAAAGGAUGGUAUCCAAAAUUUAUGUUAAAUAUUUUGUGUUCGUUCGAUUAUAAGUCAAAUUGUAACGUGUGCGUAAGUGUUUCGUAUCGUAUACUAGAGACAUUACGACAAUUCUGACAAUGUGAAAUAUCAAAGUAUAAAUUUGUGUACAUCGUAUUCAAGAUGGCACCAUCACCUGUCUUGAAUAUUGAGCCUAAAGGGCCCGAUAAGACUGGCGAAAAGUGUCCAGAAAGUGUUUCCACCAACGACAAGCAGAAUAAAUCAAAAACCGUCGAUGAUAACGCUGCAUCCAAAGACAAAAUAUCGGUGGAUCAGUUGAGUUUUGCCGAAAUCGAAGAAGCUGGAUUAAAAUCAUUGUUAGACGAAGCGUACUCGUACAAGAGCCCUAAAGAUCGUCUGGGAAAAAGUGAUCUGUUCCAGGUACUUUUAAACGAGGUGGAAGAAAAUGACGCCAGUAAGAAGAAGCUGAGCGAACGAAGUAACAGUUUCGCAGACGGGCGCGGUAACGCUUCGGCGAGCAUUGGAAACGGUCACGAUACCGCAAACGAUAAGACCUUCUUGAAUAAUAUAUUGGGCGGUUGCGAAAAGGAUAAAAAGAAGAAGAAAAGCAAACGCGAAAGCUUAGGCACAAAUGGCGGUUCGCGUCGUCCGAAAUUUAGCCAUUCUAUGAAAGUAAACACGGGCCCUCAAUCGUCUUCGGCUCAUUUAUACAAUGGUAAUAAUACGAACAACAACAGUAGCAACAACACCAGCAGUAGCAACAGCAGCAGCAACAACAACAACAACAACAACAACACCAGCAGCAGCACGACUGGCAGCAGCAACAUCAGCAGUAGUAGCAGCAACAACAACACUAAUAGCAACAGCAACAUCAGCAGCAGCAGCAGCAGUUGCUCUAGCGCCAACGGCGUUCACUACAACGGCAGUAGUCGAAGUUUAUCCAGAACCCAUCAAUCGUUCGCGUCCAGAAUCAACAAUUCCAAAACGGCCGCUCUACUCACCAGUUCCUCGAAUAUAGAUAUACCUAUGGUUACUACUUAUAAUAAGCAGCCGAUUAUGACACCCGCGCUUCUACCUAGUUCGCAAAAAAGCGCCGAACUUCUUAUGUUAGAUUUAAGGGAGCAGAAUAGUACGUGUAGUGCGAAAUCAGAUGAUGCGACCGUGUCGCCAAAAUCUUCUACGUUAGCUAGCGGUGCUGAAACGGAAAACGAUAUCGAGAUGAAAAUACUGGAUACGAAAAACGGCAACAGUAAUAGCGCCAAUAACAAUAACAACGAUUCCGUGUAUAAUUAUACGACUCACGCGUCUUUGGAAAUAGGAGCUGGUAAUACGGAUGCAUGUAAACAGUUCGACGAUUGCAGUGAAGAUAACGAUAACGCAGCCGCCGUUAUUUUUCCUUUACAGUCUUCUGGUAGUGCUGCGGCGACAGCAGCGGCAACCUUAUUGAAUGGUAAUGCCGAAAGAUCGUCGAUGCAGCGUGGAAAUUCUCAAAAACCAGUAAAUGGGUUGUCGGCCGAUGAAAAAGAAGAAAUUGAUCACGUCAUUUGUAAUAACAACAAUAACUCUGUAGAAAAUGACGAAGAUAAACACUCGAAGAAGAAGAACAAAAAGAAACAAGCCCCUUGUUUGGAAAACGAUAACGACAAUAGUAACGGAACGUCUAUAUACGCAACAUCCAUAGACGAGCCUAAGACAAUGACUUCCUUGCUGCAAAAGAGUGCGCAAAAUUCUUCCACCAACAAUUCAGCUUAUAAAUACCCGACCGAACCUUACUCUUUUACUCCUUGGCACGUUCCCGCUCCUAAUUUAAUUGUUACGCUGAGUAGUGGUUCUAAUAUUGGAUUUUAUGUGGUUACAGAAUCGAUGGCUAACCUUGGACGUAACAUUUGCACCAAAGAUUCCCUCGAUUCAAGGAGAUUAUACGAUGAAAAUAGCGUGUUGAAUUCCAACUAUCCGUAUUUGAGUAGUAAUUCUGCUUCGAUGAACCGAGACCGAGUGGAUAACGUUUCAGAGAGAAAACACAAAAUUCGAAAACCAAAGAAACAAAACACCACUUCGGUACUUUCGGAAAACAUCGAAGGAUACUGCGGCGACAAAUCGGUCGAAUAUUUAGUCGACUACAUCGAGAAUACGAAAGCUGGUGGCGGCGGAGGAAGCUGUAACGGCGGUGGCAAUGGCACUGGUGGCGCUUUCGGCGAACUCGGCAACAGUUCGACCAGUAAAAGCGUAAAAAGUAAAUCGGUUAGCAGCAGUUCGUCUCGUAACUGCGAUAGAAGCGGUAAAAAUGGCGGUAAAGCGGCUACCGACGACGAUGUACGUAGUAACAAGAAACCUAGCCGAGCCAAAGAUAGGCUGAAGAAAAGCACGAGCUUGGAAGAUUUACGCCACAGUAGCAGUAAAACGAAGCAGCAACAGAAUAAGAAACAGUCUUCGGUCGACGAUAGUCAUUAUAUCGGCAAAGAAAGCAGUUUGAUAGAAACCGAGUCGAUAUCGCCAGUGGUCGCGCCGCCAGCUCCGGUAUCCAAUUCGACGCCGAUCGAUAGUCAAACGUCAUCGUCGGAUGAUACGAUAUCGCACCAGCAACCGCCAGACCACCAUCGCGAAUUCGAAAAUUUGCAACUGUUGCAAGAGCAUCAGCAUCAGCAUCAACAGCAGCAGCAGCAGAAUGUUGAUCAACAGCUCGAGCAUUCGCAUAAUUUAUACUACGAUAAUCUAGAUCACGUAGAUGACGACAAUUACACCGAAACGGAAUUCCAUUUAGUUACCAAAAAGCAACGUAAGAAGAAGCGAAGAAGUAAAUCGCGUUCGUCGACGUUGGAGCACCAAAAACACCACAAUCACCUGCACCACCAUAGCAGCAGUCACCAUAGCCACCAGCACCACGGUAUUCACGACGCAUCGGCGACGGCAUCGGCCUCCUCGUCGUCGUUGUCGCACAACUUUUUACCGCAUCAUUAUACGGAUAAAAACGAUAACGGCAAUUUCGCCGCUUAUCAGAAUAGCAAACGUUCGACGCGCAGCUCCGAAAAUCGUCACCGUAGUCGUAGAAAAUCCGUAUCGUCGGUGGUGCCUUCUGAUAAAAUAUCCGAUUCGGAUUCGAUACACUCGUUGCCGGUAUCGUCGACGACGCCCAAGUGUAAGAUCAAGAAGAAAUCAACGUCCAGCGGUUGUACGCCGCAAGCGUCCUACGCGGAUAUCGCGAAAUCGCCUCAGUGCAACAGUUCGACGACGCUUAACGGCGGCGACGCAAAAUGGCACCGGUCGCUCAAACCGUUCUCCAAUUCGCCGUCCUCCUCGUUGUCGUCGUCGUCCGCGUAUUCGACGCAGAACACGUGCGGUUCGGUUACCACCGCGAGCUCGUUCGGUUCGUCUUCGGCCAGCUCGUCUUCGAAUACCGGAGGUGAUUCGCCCGAACAUUCGGAUAACUCUGAGCUGACGUGCGCGACCACCGUGCCGCCGUCCUCCUCCGUCGUCGUCGGCGUCGACAACGACAACGAUAACGACCGAAGCUGUGAUCUAAAUUGUAGUAACGUGUCUUCGCCCGCGUUCAACGAUAGCGCCGCCACGAUAGUCGAUGCGGCCUCCAGUACCAAUCUGCUAAUCGACGAUAAAGAUAGCGGAUGCAGUAGCAGCGUCAACGAUAGCGGUGCCAACGAAAGCACCGUGGACGUGGCCACCUCUACGCCGCCCAGACGUAAGAAUAAAUCGUCGACUAGGACGAAAAAUACCAACGAUAAUAACGAUACCAAUAACAACGCUACCAACGUCGUCGUCGUCUGCUGUAACGGCAACGGUAACGGUGAUUGUGAUGGUGGCAGCGACGCUAUCGAUACUACUAAAAUGCCAAAAGACUAUCCCAAUAAUAUUAGUAACAGUAACGCUAGUAAUAAUAAUAAUGUUAAUAAUAGUAGCAGUAAUAGUAAUAAUAAUAAUAAUAAUAAUAGUAAUAAUACUAAUAAUACUAAAGUUAAAAAGACUAGAAAUAAAAAGAAUAAGAACGCGAACGGCGGUGGCGGCGUCAACGUCAACGUCCACGGUAGCAGCGCUGUUGAAGGUGGUGGCGGUAACGUCGACGAAAACGAUAUCGCCAACGAUAACCACGACGCAGCGGCGAAAACGUCCACGUCUAACGAUCUAUUCGUCGAAUUCACUUUGAAAUGCGCGGCAAACGCGUCCGCCACCAUCACCACUACCAAAUGCAGCGAAACGCAAACCGAUCUAGAGACUGUCGAAGUGAAUAACAACGCCUGUACCAGGUACCACCACCAUCACCACCUCAACCACCAUAAUCUUAGUAAUUCCAAUGGCUGUAACGACGUCAGCGUCGAGGAGACUAUCGUACUUAAAUCUAGUUGUAGCAAAAGUAACGACGGCACCGUUUCUUCCGAUGGUUCGCAAUCGAUGUCCUAUGUCGAUAAACUUUCACAUUCGUUACCUAUUCAUGACGAGACUGGUCGGGCGAGCGUAACGCAUGUUUUAAACGAUCGUCGUUGCCCGAACAGCGGUGCUCCUGAUGAAAUCAACGUCGCUUUCAACGUCGACGACAACGUUUUAUCGAUGGGAGCAGAUGAUGCCGAGGCUGUCGAGGUUUCCAAGCAGAGGCAACUCGAAAUUCAAAAAGAAAUUAUCGAACGCUCUUCGAAAUACAACGUUACCGAAGUUAUCCAAUACGUUAAUAAGAGUUGGAACGAAGUGAUGAAUUUAGCCUCUUCCAAAGUAACAAAUAUCAAUAAGAAAGUUCAAUAUUACGCGAGUAAAUGAAAGUGCGGAGACCGGCGACGGAUCGUUAAUAAUUUGGCUGUUUGUACAGUAUUUAAGUGUACUCGUUUAAAGACCUUUUUUCGUAUUGAUUACUACGUUACAAAAUUAUCGUAGCGUUUUGUUUUUCUUUUUUGAAUUUUUUUCGUUUGUUGAAUUGAAAGAAAAAAGAAAAAGAGAAUUUUUCGUCUGCGCAAAUUGUACAGAUUAAGGUUUUCUUUUGCAAAAUGUGCUGUCGUUCUUACGAAAUUUGUCAAACGAAUAGUAUGCAUAUAUUUUUUUAAGCUUUUACCUACCUUUAAUUGCGUUUUUUUAUUCGUUUUUCCUGUCUUCUUUUUAUUUAAUGGAAACAAAUUUAUGUAUUUCGUUGAAUAAUCUACAAAAGAACUGAGAAUUUUGUAAUAAGUUUUUGUUUUGUCGUCUUCUCUCGAUUAUUAUUUUCACAUUAAAAAAAUCAAUACUUGGGGUUAACGUAACGAAAAUAUAAGAUUAUGUUUAGAAUCCGGCGAUAAUACGGGUACGUGAAUUGAAAAUACGCUUAAAAAUAACGCACACGACCGUAGUUUGAACUGAGAAAAAUAAGUACGUAUUAUUACCUUUUCGUUGGUUUGUUUUUUUGUUUUUUACGUAAUUUACCGAGUGAAUUUUUUAUCUUUCGAAUUGUCGAGUAUCGUGAAUUCCAGUUUAUUGUUGCUUUAAUUAUGUGGCAAAUUACCAAUGGUUUGUACGUGCUUCGAAUUUCACGUUACUAGGCGUAGUAGUUUGUUAACCAAGGUGUAUAGGUAGAUGAUAAAUUACGGUCGUGGAAAAGAAAAUUAAAAUUCGCCUGGAAAAUAUUACACCGCCGAUACCUAGGUAUGGUUUUUAUAUGUUUGGAAUUUUUGUGGUUAAUUUGUUGUAACAGCGUAUUUUUAUAUUGCUCAUGAUAUUAUUAUUUUGAAAAAUGAAUAAAGCAAGGUAUACUGUUGUAAAAAAAUAAAAAAAAGGAAAAAUGCAAAUACUAACGUUUAAGCUGAGAAUUAAUAUUUUAAAUCAUUGAAAACAAUCGAUGCAUUUUUUCGUUUUUUUUUUCUUUUUCUCUCAAAUUUAAAAUUAUUAUAUUUACCAUUUUCGUCUUUCUUAUAACAUUAUUGUAUAAAAUUGUAUAUUGUAAUAUUGUAAGUAGUAUUUAUUGGUAAAUGUUUAUUUUUGUUUUGUUAAUUUAUAAAUUUGGAAAAUCAUUCUACGAUGAGUUUUUUGUUAACGCUUAAAAUUUCAUUAUCGCGUGGCCCCUGCAAACAAUCGAACGAAAAAAAAAACGGUUAUUAUCGCGAAUUCUCCAUUGUACCUACGUGUUGUUUUUGAUUUUUGAAAUGAUGAAAAUUGAAUUAUUUUUUUGAUGAAUGAUUUUUUUUUGUUUUGUGUUAUGCUUCAAAUAUAUUUCAGUGGUUAUAGAUGGUGCUGAUUAA